UGGUGAUAAAUACACAUCAUUAUCAUAUGAUCAUCACAACAUCUCUUCAAGAUUUUUAUUACAUCGAGCAAAGAUCUUUAUUUUCAUUUUGGGUUUCUGAAAAAAAAAAUCAAUGAUGGCGUACAGAGCCGAUGACGACUACGAUUAUCUCUUCAAACUAGUCUUGAUCGGAGACUCCGGCGUCGGAAAAACCAACCUUCUGUCUCGAUUCACCAAAAAUGAAUUCAGUAUCGAGACUAAGUCUACCAUUGGUGUCGAGUUCGGCACGAGAAGCAUUCAUGUCGACGAGAAAAUCAUCAAAGCUCAGCUUUGGGACACCGCCGGUCAAGAAAGAUACAGAUCAAUCACGAGUGCAUACUACAGAGGAGCAGUAGGAGCUCUUCUUGUAUACGACAUAACUCGACACAUAACGUUUGAGAACGUUGAACGAUGGCUUAAGGAGCUUCGUAACCAUACCGACGCCAACAUUGUGAUCAUGCUUGUUGGAAACAAAGCUGAUCUUCACCACCUUCGUUCUGUUCAAAAGGAUGAAGCUAAAUCUUUCUCUGAAAAAGAGAACAUGUUCUUAAUGGAAACAUCUGCUCUUGAUGCUACAAAUGUUGAGGAAGCUUUCACUCAUGUCUUGACUCAAAUCUAUCGUGUUACGAGCCGUAAAGCUCUUGAUGGCACUGGAGAUCCAACGUCUUUUCCUAAAGGACAGACCAUUGGUAUAGGUAGCAAAGAUGAUGUCUCUGCUGUUAAAUCCUCUCCUUGUUGCUCAGACUGAAAUUAUCUGAAUUUAUAAUUUUGGGAGGGGGUAUGUUUUUUUGGGUCACAAGGAAGGAGGUAUGGUUUAAAGUUUGAUUUACAACACAAACCGAACAUAUAUAUUGAAUUGGAUUAGACUUGGUCGUGAAACUAAACUGAAUGGUUAGACGUUUGGUAUAGUUUUUCUAGAACCGAACCAAAACCCCCAAAAGUUUAAAAUGUUGUUUUAAUUUCGUAUCUAUUUAUAAUAUUUAAUUUUUAUAUUUUGUUUAGCAGUUGAGUUCUUGCUUUUCUCUAUAGUUUUGUAUCUUUUGAUUAUUGAUUUACUGACCACUCAAUCCUAAUUAUUAGUUUAACGAAUUAUUCAUUUGAUAUGUUCUCAAAUUUAAAACAUGUACAAAAGAUGGCUGAAGCAAAGUCAAACCGAACAAAAACUGUCUGGUCCAAC